AUGGCUGAAUGGAGCCCUAGUUCUUGGAUGCAAAAGCCCAUCAAGCAAGACGUCGUCUACGAAAAUGCCCAAGGCUUGAAGGAUUCACUAGAGAAGCUACAGAAGCUUCCUCCUCUUGUGACCCCGCAAGAGAUCAUCAGGCUCAAAAAGAAUCUCCGAAAUGUCGCAUUGGGCAAAGCAUUCGUUUUGCAAGGUGGCGACUGCGCCGAGCUUUUCGAUUACUGCAAUCAGGAAAUGAUCGAAGCCAAGGUCAAGCUCUUGCUGCAAAUGAGCUUGGUUCUCAUCUGGGGUGCCAACAAGCCCGUAAUCCGCAUUGCUCGGAUCGCAGGCCAGUUCGCCAAGCCACGCUCAAGUCCAACAGAAACCGUGAACGGGGUUGAAAUGCCCUCUUUCCGCGGCGACAACAUCAACGGCUUCGCAGCCGACCCCAUCUCCCGCCAACCAGACCCAUCCCGUCUAGUCUCAGCCUACUUCCACUCCGCAGCAACCCUAAACUACCUCCGCGCCUCCCUCUCCUCAGGCCUAGCAGACCUGCACUCCCCUCUAGACUGGGGCCUCGGCCACGUAAAAACCCCCUCAAUCAAAGAGCAAUACACCAAAACCGUGACCGCAGUAAAAGAUGCUCUACGGUUCAUGCACACAGUCGGAAUCGACAAAGACCGCGGCUUCGAAACAGCCGACAUCUUCACCAGCCACGAAGGCCUCUCCCUAGAAUACGAGCAGACUCUCACCCGUCUCCUCCGCCACCCCGUCGAACCAGGAAGCGGCGCAACCGCCGGAUUAGGCUACUACGCGACAUCCAGCCACUUCCUCUGGAUCGGGGAUCGCACGCGCCAGCUCGGCGGUGCGCACGUCGAGUUCUUCCGCGGAAUCGCCAAUCCCAUCGGUAUCAAGAUCGGUCCCACCAUGGCCCCCGAGGAGCUGGUACAGCUGCUUGACGUUGUGAACCCGGAUCGCGAGGUCGGCAAAGUGACCCUGAUCUCGCGGUAUGGAGCGGCCAAGAUCGCUCAGUUCCUGCCGGCUCAUAUCGCCGCUGUGCAGGCUUCCGGCCAUAUUCCUGUCUGGCAGUGUGAUCCUAUGCAUGGCAAUGGGCAGAGUACACCGUCCGGUGUGAAGACUCGUCACUUUACGGAUAUUUUGUCCGAGUUGAAGCAGGCGUUGGAGAUUCAUCGCGCGGCCGGCUCGUUCCUUGGUGGUAUGCAUCUUGAACUUACUGGCGAGGCUGUUACUGAGUGUGUGGGUGGUGCGGGUGGCUUGACUGAGGAGGGGCUUGGAGAGCGCUAUACGACUUUCUGUGACCCGCGCUUAAAUGAGAAGCAGGCUUUGGAGUUGGCGUUCUUGGUUGCUGGGUUCUACCGUGAGGAGUCGCAGGAUUAG